UUACACCAUUAAUUAUUAUCAUUAAUUAAAAAAAUAAAACACUGAAAAGAAAAUAGUAGUUAAAUAGAUUGAAAAGAAGAGAAGAGAGAGGAGAGAGAUUGAGUGAGUGACACAGAGAGAGAGAGAGAGUGUGUAGUGUGUGAUGCUGCAGAAGUUUUCAGAAAAAUGUCACAAGAAGAAAGUCAGGAGAUAAAGGGAAAGAAGAAGCGUGGGGAGCAAUGGAACUGGCCAGAGAUGCAGGGAUUCCAGUUCCCUUCUCCUCCUAAAGAGAAAGAAGACUUGCUUGUCAUUGAGAUUUCAGAAAGAGCUUCUUCUACUGCUGUUACUCCUCCUCCUCCUCCUCCUCCUCCUCCUCCUCCUGGUGGAGCCACUAUGCCUUCUUCUCCUCCUCCUCUUACUACUACUACUAGUAGUACUUCAUUAACAACAUCUCCUGGUGUUGAAGAUACUAAUGGGAAGGAGGAGGUUGGAGAGAAGAAGAAGAAGAAGAAGAAGAAGAAGCUGGAGAACCAACCUUCUGUUGCUUUUGGUCAGUUGUUUCGUUUUGCUGAUGGUUUGGAUUGGGUCUUGAUGGUCAUUGGCACUGUGGGUGCUAUCAUUCAUGGUUGUUCUCUUCCUAUCUUUUUUCGCUUCUUUGCUGAUCUUGUCCACUCUUUUGGUUCCAAUUAUGAUAACCCUGAUGCUAUGCUCCGUGAGGUCAUCAAGUAUGCUUUCUACUUCCUUGUUGUUGGAGCUGCAAUUUGGGGAUCUUCUUGGGCUGAGAUUGCAUGCUGGAUGUGGACUGGAGAAAGGCAAACCACCAGAAUGAGGAUUGAGUUUCUCAAAUCAGCUCUAAACCAAGAUGUUCGUUACUUUGACACUGAGGUUCGCACUUCUGACAUCAUCUACGCCAUUAACGCCGAGUCAGUCGUCGUCCAAGACGCCAUUAGUGAGAAGCUCGGCAAUUUCAUUCACUACAUGGCCACAUUUGUUUCCGGGUUUGUCGUCGGGUUUACUGCCGUCUGGCAAAUGGCUCUUGUGACUCUAGCUGUUGUUCCUCUUAUCGCCAUUAUCGGCGGCAUUCACACAACUACAUUGGCCAAGCUUUCAUCCAAGAGCCAGGAUGCUCUGUCUCAGGCUAGCAACAUUGCUGAACAAGCACUGGCACAAAUCAGGACGGUGCAUUCAUAUGUAGGUGAAUCAAGAGCUCUGCAGGCUUACUCGUUGGCAUUGAAGGUGGCGCAGAGGAUUGGCUACCGGAGUGGACUUGCUAAAGGGAUUGGGCUCGGUGCGACGUAUUUCACCGUCUUUUGUUGUUAUGCUCUCUUGCUUUGGUAUGGUGGAUACCUUGUUCGCCAUCACCACACCAAUGGUGGCCUUGCCAUUGCUACCAUGUUUGCUGUCAUGAUCGGAGGACUGGCUCUUGGGCAGUCGGCGCCGAGCAUGGCUGCCUUUGGGAAGGCAAAGGCAUCGGCAACGAAGAUAUAUCAGACGAUUGAUCACAAGCCAUCGAUUGAUCGGAACAGCGAGACAGGAAUUGAGUUAGGAACAGUCACAGGGCAUGUGGAGCUGAAAAAUAUUAACUUUGCUUAUCCUUCAAGGCCAGAGGUUCCAAUUCUCUGCAACUUCUCACUCAAUGUUGCUGCAGGGAAGACAAUGGCAUUGGUUGGCAGCAGUGGCUCUGGGAAGAGCACUGUUGUUUCCCUCAUUGAAAGGUUCUAUGAUCCAUCUUCAGGACAAGUGCUGCUGGAUGGGCAGGAUAUAAAGAGUCUGAAGUUGAGGUGGUUAAGGCAGCAGAUUGGUCUGGUGAGUCAAGAGCCUGCAUUGUUUGCAACAUCAAUCAGAGAGAAUUUACUGCUGGGAAGGGAAGAUGCCACACAAGUUGAGAUUGAGGAAGCUGCAAGAGUUGCCAAUGCUCACUCCUUCAUAAUCAAGCUCCAAGAUGGCUAUGAUUCUCAGGUUGGAGAAAGAGGUUUACAACUCUCCGGCGGGCAAAAACAGCGAAUUGCCAUCGCCAGAGCAAUGCUGAAAAACCCGGCAAUUCUCCUCCUCGACGAAGCCACCAGCGCACUCGACUCUGAGUCAGAGAAGCUGGUGCAAGAAGCUCUAGACCGGUUCAUGAUCGGAAGAACAACAUUGGUAAUAGCUCAUCGCUUGUCAACCAUUCGCAAGGCUGACACCGUGGCCGUGCUCCAGAAUGGUUCUGUAUCAGAACUAGGAACACAUGAUGAGCUCAUAGGACGAGGUGAUUCUGGCCUCUACGCAAAGCUCAUCCGCAUGCAAGAGCAAGCGCACGAGGCCGCGCUGGCGAGUGCGUCUCGCAAGAGCAGCGCACGCCCGUCCAGCGCGCGCAAUUCUGUCAGCUCCCCAGUCUAUGGCCGUAAUUCAUCCUACGGCCGCUCGCCGUACUCUCGUCGUCUCUCGGAUUUUUCCACCUCCGACUUCAGCCUCCCUUAUGACCCCAACCACCGCCCGGCGGAGAAACUCGCAUUCCGUGACCAAGCAAGCUCUUUCUGGCGUCUUGCCAAGAUGAACUCGCCGGAGUGGGUCUAUGCACUUAUUGGUUCUAUUGGAUCAAUGGUUUGUGGCUCCAUCUCGGCAUUCUUCGCCUACGUCCUCAGCGCGGUUCUCAGUGUUUACUAUGCUCGUGACUACAAUCACAUGAAGCAUGAGAUCAACCAAUACUGUUACCUUCUCAUUGGCGUCUCCUCCGCGGCCAUGCUCUUCAACACCCUGCAACACUUGUUCUGGGACGUUGUUGGUGAGAACCUCACCAAACGUGUCCGUGAGAAGAUGCUGUUCGCUGUGCUAAGAAAUGAAAUAGCUUGGUUCGACCAAGAAGAGAAUGCCAGUGCUCGUGUUGCUGCACGUCUCUCAUUAGAUGCCCACAAUGUGCGCUCAGCCAUUGGAGAUAGAAUCUCCGUCAUUGUGCAAAACUCGGCACUUAUGCUUGUUGCUUGCACGGCCGGGUUUGUCCUCCAGUGGCGCCUAGCACUUGUGCUCGUCGCCGUCUUUCCAGUUGUUGUCGCUGCCACUGUUCUUCAAAAAAUGUUCAUGACUGGGUUCUCCGGAGACCUCGAAGCAGCUCAUGCCAAAGCAACACAGAUUGCCGGAGAAGCAGUAGCUAAUGUGCGAACUGUUGCUGCAUUCAAUUCAGAAACAAAGAUCACCAAAUUAUUCGCCGAGAAUUUACAAACACCACUCCGGCGUUGCUUCUGGAAAGGCCAGAUUGCCGGGAGUGGUUUCGGAGUUGCUCAAUUCUUGCUCUAUGCUUCAUAUACUCUCGGUCUCUGGUAUGCAGCUUGGCUGGUGAAACACAACAUAUCAGAUUUCUCUAAAACCAUUAGAGUUUUCAUGGUGCUCAUGGUCUCGGCCAAUGGUGCGGCGGAGACACUAACACUAGCUCCGGACUUCAUCAAGGGUGGUCGAGCCAUGCGCUCAGUGUUUGAAGUUAUUGAUCGGAAAACUGAGAUAGAGCCUGAUGACCCUGACGCAAGUUCAGUCCCAGAUCGACUACGCGGCGAUGUGGAACUAAAGCAUGUUGAUUUUGCCUACCCAUCAUGCCCAGACAUGCCUGUGCUCAAAGACCUCACACUGCGUGCGCGUGCAGGGAAAACGUUGGCACUGGUCGGACCAAGUGGUUGUGGGAAAAGCUCAGUAAUUGCUCUUAUCCAACGGUUCUACGAGCCAAGCUCCGGCCGUGUGCUCAUUGAUGGUAAAGACAUCAGGAAAUACAACCUUAAAGCUCUGCGCAAGGCCAUGGCAAUGGUGCCACAAGAACCAUGCCUGUUUGCAGCUACAAUCAAAGAGAACAUUGCUUAUGGUUGUGAUUCUGCGACCGAAGCCGAGAUCAUUGAGGCUGCAACACAAGCCAAUGCGCAUAAGUUUAUAUCGGCAUUGCCACAGGGAUACGAGACAUUUGUCGGAGAAAGAGGCGUGCAGUUGUCUGGUGGACAGCGGCAGAGGGUCGCUAUUGCUCGGGCAUUGAUAAAGAAGGCUCAGAUUGUGCUUCUUGAUGAGGCGACAAGCGCAUUAGACUUGGAAUCAGAACGAUGCGUGCAACAAGCAUUGGAUAGAGCAGCUAGCGGCCGGACAAUGAUCGUUAUUGCCCAUAGGCUUUCGACAAUAAGGGGAGCUCACACUAUUGCUGUGAUAGACGAAGGGAAGGUGGUCGAGCAGGGAUCGCACUCGCAUCUGCUCAACCAUUUCCCGGACGGAUGUUAUGCCAGAAUGCUUCAUUUACAGCGUUUCUCGCGGAAUUCUCCAGCGAAUGGUCCCGGAGGGCCUUCGACAAGCCUGAGGCCGGAAGAUGGCUGAGAGAAAGAGAGUCUCUUAUAGCAACUUCAGAGCUUUGCUUACCAGUUUACUACCUUGUUUUGAUUUGUUUUCACUAUUUUUGCUUGACCAAAAUGAAGUUUCUGAUGUAAUUAGUAUCAUCGAUAUAACUGUAUAAGUGUAAUUUAAUCAAGCUCUAUUGGAAAAUAUUAUGUUUGAUUUAAGGUUUGAGAUGAAUA